GGUGAAGGAGGCGCUCGACGUCGUUCUGCAGGUUGCCGACAGGUCGGGCAACCUGAAGGGCACGUUCGUUCGGGCCCUGAAGUCCGCCGCCGUCACCAUUAAAGGUGCGGUGGCGGAUCUAAGGGCCCUCACUGUGACGGAGGAGGUGGCGCGGCUGGAGGCGGCUAACACGCGACUCUCCGGCCAACUGGCUGAGCUGCGCCGGGAAGUCGCCGAAAUGCGCCAGCGGCCGGUGGCGGCGACGGAGGCGAACCUCCAAAACGUCAUGGAGGAGGCGCUGCGCGCGAACCGCGAGCAGUUCAGCACGAUGCUGAACGCUCGCCUCGAGGGCCUCGAGGGCCGCCUCCUUCCGGAGCCUCGGCUGCGGCCUCCACUCGCCGCUGACCGCCGUAGGGUAGCGCAGGCAGCGGCCGUAGCCGCGGCGGGAAAGGAGGCUCCAGCCGCCUCCCACGCAACUGAGGGCGUCGAGGCCAGCGCCGCCAAGCCUGCUGCUGUCAGGCCGAAGCGGCCUAAGAGAAGUAUGGCUGCCCAAGAGGCGGCAGCCAGGAGGGUGGCUCCUCAGUCGUCAGCGGAGCCGGCCGCCACUCCGGCCACGUGGAGCGCCGUGGUCGCUAGGAACAGGCCAAAGAAGGCAGAGAAGACGGGCGCCAAGCCAGCGGCGGCGAAGCCGACUUCUUCCGGGGCCACCAAGAAGGUCCCGGUUAGGAGGAAACUCCGCCCCCCUCGCACCGCAGCGAUAACGCUGACGCUGAAGCCCGGUGCUGAGGAAAAGGGGUGGAGCUACGAGAAGGCUCUGGCCCUGGCCAAAAGCCGGAUCAGCCUCCGGGAGGUCGGCUUGACGGCGGUACGGUUCCGGACCGCGGCGACGGGAGCGCGGAUGCUCGAGGUGCCGCCGGGCACCAACGAGGCCGAGAAGGCGGCGGAUGCCCUGGCGGAAAAGCUCCGCGAGGCCCUCAGCCCGGAGAUCGUCCAGAUCCAUCGACCCACAAAGUGUGUCGAACUAAGGGUACUAGACCUGGACGACUCCGUGACGGUGGCGGAAGCCGUGGCGGCGGUCGCUGAACAAGGCGGCUGCCCUACCGGGGCCAUUAAAGCGGGCAUCAUCGCUCGCGGCUCGAGCGGCUCGGGCUCUCUGUGGCUGAGCUGCCCCGUUUCGGCCGCGAAGAAGGUCGUGGAGGUAGGUCGCAUAAGGGUCGGGUGGGUGUCGGCGCGAGUCAUGCUGCUCGACCCCAGACCGCUGCACUGUUUCCGGUGCCUCGAGCGGGGGCACAUGGGGGCAAAGUGUGACCGGGACGUCGACCGAAGCCGUCUGUGCUUCCGCUGCGGUCAGCCCGGUCACAAGGCUCGGGAGUGCUCCGCCGCCGUAGCCAGCUGCGUGGUCUGCACUGCGGCCGGUAAGCCAGCUGCCCAUGCCGCCUGCAGCAAGUCGUGCCAGGGCGGAAAGGGCGCCGCGCAGAGGGAAAAGACAAGGAAGGUGGCGACGAAAGGCCCGGUAGCCGCGUCUCCACGCACAGAGGCGGAGCCGAUGGAGACCACGCAGUGAUGGCCCUGCGCUGCCUCCAGGCCAAUAUCAACCACUCUGCCAGGGCUCAGGACCUCCUAGUCCAAAGCAUGGCAGAGUGGCAGAUCAACGUGGCGGUGGUAUCGGAGCCCUAUUUCGUUCCCUCGCGGGACGACUGGGUCUCCGACCA